GAAAAACAACUUGCUGUGAAAACAAGCCGCGUCGCGCAUUUUCAUAAAAUUUCCUCUAAAUUUUACUCAAAUAAAUAAGUUUUAAGCGUGAAAAUGACUGCAAUAGAUAAAAUACAGGUCCUUGACUCGAUUGAAAAAGAACUGAUUCUGUGCUUGCAAAGUGCCGGCCAAGCUCUACUCGAACUGAGCAAAGAGAAAACCAGCCAAAAGGCGACGGAAACGCACACGAACCAGUUCCUGAAAUCGCUCAACAUCGUCGAGUCGAAGCUGUCGGAGCAGAUCAACUACCUGACGCAGGUUUCGACCGGACAACCGCACGAGGGAAGCGGCUACGCCGCGGCCAAGGUGCUCCAGAUGGCGUGGCACCGAAUUCAGCACGUCAAGUCGCGCAUCAAGGAGCUGGAGGAGUGCAAGAUGAAGUACGUGACGGCCACCAACCGGCUGCAGUCCCAGCGGGGCGGUCAGAAUCCGACGUAAAUUAAGCAACGCAUUAUUCUCACUUUUUUUUAAUUAAACAAUUUUAUUGGAGCUCUCAA